AUGUAUCCCUUCCAUCGCCUGCCCUUCCUCGUACCGGUCGCUGAGAUGCCGCGCAUUCGCACACGACACAUUCUGAUAUGCACAAUUACCAUACUAUGGAUUUAUUACUUCCUCCCACGCGAUGAAGCUGUACCCUUUAUAUCUCGCCGCUUCUCCAAGCGCGAUACAGACGCAUUGGCACGAUACAUGAACGAUCCGUCUCAUCGAUCGAAUAUCACAGCGACCAAAAGCAGCUUCGAUUGGCUUUCUGUGAAUUUCACAUACCCACCGCCACGCACGCCGAGACUCCCAGCACCCGUGACGAAGCGUCCACGCAUACAAGCUCGAUUCAAGACCGACUCGCAGGAGGCCGCAGCCAUCCAAGACAAGAGGAGGAGAGAAGUCAAAAGAGUGUUUGGAAAGAGCUGGGCUAGUUACAAAAAACAGGCAUGGAUGAAGGAUGCGCUCAAGCCCAUCAGUGGGCAGGAUGUCAACCAGUUUUCUGGCUGGGCGGCGACGCUGGUAGACACUUUGGAUACGCUUUGGAUGAUGGGACUGCGCGACGAAUUCUACGAGGGCGUAGAGGCGGUGGCGACGAUCGAUUUUGGCCAGAGUACUGCACCGGCUGUCAACAUGUUUGAGACGUGUAUACGAUAUCUAGGCGGUCUGAUUGCUGCAUACGAUCUCAGUGGCCACAAGGUUCUGAAAGAAAAGGCGAUUGAGGUUGGGAACCUGCUGUACGCUGGUUUCAACACUGAGAACGGCAUGCCAGUCGAUUUCAUCAAUUUCGAGGCGGCGAAGACCGGGGAGGGGCUUUCCGUGGAGGGCCAAGUUGUGAGCGCGAGUCCUGGAACCAUUACCCUGGAGUUCAGCCGACUGAGCCAGAUCACUGGAGACGACAAAUACUACGCAGCAGUCUCGCAGGUCAUGGAUGUUUUCCGCCAAGGUCAGAAUGAGACAAAGUUGCCUGGAAUGUGGCCGAUGUAUGUAGGAAUGGCAGCCAAAGACGUUGUAUCUGGCUUUCAAUUUACCAUUGGGGGUAAUGCAGAUUCUCUGUACGAGUAUCUACCCAAGGCGUUUGCGUUGCUUGGAUCAGCAGAUCCAAGUUCGAAAAAGUACGAGGAUAUGGCACGCUUCUUCAUGGACACGGCGAUGGAAAACCUCUUCUUUCGACCCAUGAUACCCGAAGAAGAGUAUGACAUCCUGAUUUCUGGAAAUUGCGACGUCCUCGAAGAUGGACCACGCCUUGAUCCUGAGAGUGAACAUCUUUCCUGCUUUAUUGGAGGUCUUUAUGCCCUAGGUGGACGACUAUUCGAGAAUAAAAAAUACCUCGAGAUGGGCGUAAAGCUAGCACGAGGCUGUGCAUAUGCCUACCAUUCAAUGCCUACCGGCAUUAUGCCUGAGAGGUAUAACAUGGCCAUGUGUCCAGGUUCAGAUCGCCUGGAAUCAUGCGCGUGGAACGAGUCCUACUUCGAAGCAGAAACAUUGAAGCGUCCUGAAUACAAAUCCCAUCUUCCCAAGGGCUUCACCACGGCAAAGGACCCACGGUAUAUCCUCCGACCCGAGGCGAUUGAAUCUGUCUUCAUCCUUUGGCGCAUCACAGGGGAUCCGUGGUGGCGCGAGACUGCGUGGGAUAUGUUUGAAGCAGUGGCCAAAGCGACAGACACCGAGUACGCGAAUGCAGCGGUUUUGGACGUUACGGUUCUUGGCGCAGAGAAGGAAGACUAUAUGGAGAGCUUUUGGAUGGCAGAGACGUUGAAAUAUUUUUAUCUAUGCUUUACAGACGCGGAUCUGAUCAGUCUAGAUGAUUUUGUGUUCAACACAGAGGCACAUCCGUUUAGGUUGGCGAAGAGAAGAUGA